CAUCACCUCAAGUCUUGUUGCAGGAAUAUUCGCUGCCAACAAAUAAAUUCUACCUCGAUAGGAUCCCUUAAAGCGACAGGGAAUCCUUUCAGGAUCUCCUCUUUGUUGAAUGCCUUUUGUGACUCGGCUCCGAGUCCCUAGUUCGCAUCAUGGCUCCGACUUUUCGCAUCCACAAGCCUGAUGUCCUGGCAACGCUCCCCCGGCCCUUGGGCCAGUCAAAGGGCCGAUAUCAUGCCGGAGAGGUCUACGUUCAACAACCGGGCUCAAAGAAGCGCAAGAGGUUGGAAGUUGCCGUGGGCGUCGACGGAGAAGCGGCCAACAUCUAUCAUAUUCCUUCUUCUGACUUGAGGACAUCCUAUCCUAUCCCCCCGCAAGAGUCGUUUACUUGUGCGCCCUACUCAAUUCGAUACCAACAGCCAGCCAACAGCGAACGUCAACAGUACACGUAUCUUUCGACGAGCGAUUCUUCCGGCUUCAAGAUGACCCUUUGCAAAGACGUCGUCAACUCGGCCGGCAAAACCACAUCUACCACAAAGUCUCGCCGGUUAAGUCACAAGGCGCCCGUGGCGCGUCUGUUCACAUCGAGUUGUGCUGUUGCCUCCGCUGCCGCGGGGUCGGUCACCCAGAGUUCCGACUGUAGCGACGUCCUCGCCGUGUGCCAAGAUGGCCAGGUCCUGUGCCUAGAUGGUGCCGGGUUGGACGAGCAAUGGAGCGUCUCGUCGUACAGCCUGUGCAAGGAUCUCCUGCCGCCCUCCACGUCCGGAUUUACAGUCGACUCCGUCUUCCAUGCGUCGGCUGUAGAAGUCCUCAAGGGCAUCUUCGAGGGAAGGCAAGAUGCGUUUGGUUCUUUCGGCCAGCCCGUCGACGCGGAGACUUUCAACCCCGACGUACUCGUGCUCGUCGUCGGCAGUCAAUCUCACGUUCAAGGUCCGUCUGACAGAUACCUGGUGCUACUGGGCGCUGUUCCGCAGAGUGCCACGGCCCGGUCUUCCCAGCAAGCUCUCGUCCAGCUUCACGUUGCGCCUCUCCCCCGACACGACGGCCUUUCCGGCAAACAAGCGCCGACCUACCACCUUCAAGUUCGAUCCGGGAAGCUGUUCGAGCUCUCCGACGGUACGAUCCGGACAUACCGCCUAACAGGUGCGUUGCCGAGGAUACAGGACGUCGUCCUCGUAUCGGAAGCCUCGUCCUUCGUACCUUUGUCCGAACACUGUGUUUUGUCCCUCUCGCCGAGCAUGCUCACCGUCGCCAACGUCACAUACCACUCCAUCCAAGCACGGGCCCCUGUCACCCUGGACGGCGGCCGAGGCGGUGCAGAAUUCAUGCUUCUUACUUAUCUGACGAAACUCGACCUCGCCAUUGCCAUCGUGAACAAUACGCUGCUCUCCAUUCAAGUCGAGCGACACGGGUCGUCGCACAAGGAAGGUCUUCUCAUCGAUGCGAUAGGAAAGGGACUUUCGAAGGCCGACGACCUUCCUGAAAGCUUGCCUCCGCUUCGUGGGAAAGGACCUUUCAAGAGCUUCAUCCCCGGCACCUUGACCGAUUCGUACGUCAAGCAGUCUCUUGUGGAAGUGGAGAAGCUGGAUGAGUACCUGGCGCAAAAUGAUCUUAAGGAGUUUGAGCGCCUUCUUGCUUCCAAACUUGGUGUGGCCAUUGAGGAGAGCUCGGCCGAGGCAGUGGCCGUGAAUGGAGUCGCCGGCAGAAACGACGAGGACUUGGCCACACCAGACUGGAAAUGGCUGGAGCGCGCGAAUUCCUACCCGGCCGUCGAUCGUCGGUGGGUUCUCUACGCGAUCAGCAGGGUCUUUUCCAUCCAUGUGGGCGACUCUAGCAGCACGGGCGCGGCCGCCACCGCCGCCGCCGCCGACGGGCCAUCGCUGGAAUGCUCCCUGCCGGAAAGCAACGUCCUCCUCUACCUCAUCGUUGCCGGCCAUCUUACCCUGUCCAACAUCACGGCGGCUUUCAAGCAUGAGCUUAGCGAGACCCAUGUCCCGAAGGAGGCCCUGGCCGACGAGUUGGUCCGGCAGCUCAUCGAAAUCGACCCAGCCCUGGAGCUCCUCCUGAGCUACGUCUCGGCGACCAAGCUGGGCGAGGCGGGGCUCCUGCUCAUCGUCCGCACGAUCAUGCAGAGCCUCGACCACCAACCCCGGCUCGCGCCGGCGGUGCCGAACGGGACGAACGGGACGAACGGGACGAGCGGGACGAAGGAGGAGGAAGACUACGUGGCCAUGGAGAUCGACCAGCUGGAGCACGAGCUCGAGCUCGCCGAGUACAACCUGGGCGACAACUCCGACGUGCGGGCGCGGCUGCUCACCAUGGCGUUCGAGAGGCUCGUGGGCUAUUCCCCGGCCGCCACCGUCCGCGCCCUCCGCGCGUCCUUCGGCACGGCCGAGAUCCUCUCGCUCAUCCACCUCCUGCGCAUCCAGCUGGUCGGCAGCGCCUGGACAACGCGGUACUCGGAGCUCACGAGCCUCGACCAAGACGACGGGGCCAAGGCGCCCCCCGACGGGGCCAUCGCGCUGAUCGCCGAGCUGCUGGCGCGGUGCGUCGACGCCGUCGGACCGAAUGGAUGGCUUUCGAGCGGUUCCGGCUCCGGGUCCGGGUCGUCGUCCUCGGCGGCGGGGGCGGGGGCGGGGGAUCACUGGGACGGGGGCCACUUCCUCGCGGCGCUCAAGCUCGAGGUCAGCGCUGCGCUCGAAGGGCUCAACGAUGCCGUGCACCUCAACGGGAUCCUGGGGGAGGCGGUCAGGUUCGGCACGUUGUCGUUGGCGAGCGGCGGCGGCGCGGCGGGUCGCGGCGUGGCGGUGGCGGCGGCGGCGGCGAGGGGGGGCCAGGACCGGCCGAAGACGCUCGAAGUCGGGACGUCGGCGCAGCUGCCGCUUGGGCUCACGCCGAAACAGGCGGUGACGCAGUUCAAGGUGGUCUCGGGCGGCGAAGUUGUGGAGAGGUCAGCAAGAGAAAAGGGGCAUCUGUUGAGUCAGAGGGUCAAGGAGUAUUCGUUGGAAAAGGUGGCGGUUUGAGGCGUUUGAGCCUCCGAGGGUUCAAGUGGAUGCAUGCAUGUGUGGUGUGGAGAGUCAAUAGCGGCGCUUAGGAUAUGUUCAUGUUUGAAUUGUCAGCCGGGCUUGGUUCGGAAUCACGGCUGCGGCGAUUUCAUCACCGGAGAGCCGUAGCCUGGUAAGGGUUCACGUCAAUACGAACAUGAAGGCACAGUACAAUGCCAGUCAGCCAUCAUACCACAUCACAUCAAAUCAUCUCAGCG